CUGUCGGGCGGUGCCGCCUCCCUCAGGCUCGGGCGCGACAUGGCGGCGGCGCGGGCGCUGCAGCUGGCGCUGCUCCGGCUGCUGCUGCUCCCGCCGCUGCUGCUGGCGCUGCUGCCGGGCCCGGCGGGGGCCGUGUGGCCGCAGCCCCAGGCCCAGAGCUUCCCGCCCGGCGGCGGCCGCUGCCCGGUGCCGGCCCGCCGGUUCCGUUUCGCCGUGGCGGACGGCUCGGCCGUGGGGCCGGGCUGCGCCGUGCUGGACGCCGCCUUCCAGCGGUACUGGCCGCUGCUCUUCGGCCGUCCCACCGAGAAUGAGCCAUCCUGGGAAACACCCUGCACCAAGCUUCUCGUCUAUGUUUCCACUCCAGGCUGCGAUGGGUUUCCCAGCCUGGACUCCAACGAGAGCUAUAAGCUGUCCGUCUCCAAAGGCUCCGUGCUGCUCUCGGCAGAGACCAUCUGGGGAGCUCUCCGAGGCCUAGAAACGUUCAGCCAGCUUGUUGGGAGAGACGAGAAUGGCACGUACUACAUCAAUGAGACAGAAAUCGUGGACUUUCCCCGCUUCCCUCACCGGGGACUGUUACUGGACACUUCUCGACACUACCUGCCUCUGAAAGCUAUCCUGGAAACUCUGGACGUCAUGGCUUACAACAAGUUCAAUGUGUUUCACUGGCACAUUGUGGAUGACCCAUCCUUCCCUUAUGAGAGUUCCACGUUUCCAGAGCUCAGCAAGCAGGGAGCCUUCAAUGCCAUGACCCACGUGUACACAGCCAGUGACGUGCGCACUGUGAUCGAGUACGCCCGGCUGCGCGGCAUCAGAGUCAUCGCUGAGUUCGACACCCCCGGCCACACCCUCUCCUGGGGGCCAGGUGCUCCAGGCCUCCUGACUCCCUGCUAUAUGGGCAAGGCUCCUUCUGGAGUCUAUGGGCCCAUCAACCCCAUUGUUAACAGCACCUACCAGUUUGUGACCAGUUUGUUCCAAGAGGUCAGCGCUGUAUUCCCAGACUUCUAUCUCCACCUUGGUGGUGAUGAGGUAGAUUUCACAUGCUGGAAAUCCAAUCCAGAAAUCCGUGCUUUCAUGAUUGAGAUGGGCCUCGGUGAAGAUUACAAAAAAUUAGAGUCUUUCUACAUCCAGAGGCUUCUGGACAUCGUCUCUUCCCUUGGCAAAGGUUAUAUUGUGUGGCAGGAGGUGUUUGACAACGACGUGAAGCUGAGGCCUGACACCAUCAUCCACGUGUGGAAGGAGAACAGCAUGCAGUACCUGAAGGAGAUGGCCAAUGUCACCAGGGCUGGCUACCGGGCUCUGCUCUCUGCACCCUGGUACCUCAACCGCAUCUCCUACGGGCAGGACUGGAUAGAAGCCUAUAAGGUGGAGCCCUUGAACUUUGAAGGCAGCCCUGAGCAGAAGGCCCUGGUGAUUGGUGGCGAGGCCUGCAUGUGGGGUGAAUAUGUGGAUGUCACCAACCUGACCCCCAGGCUCUGGCCGAGAGGUGGGGCCGUAGCUGAAAGACUUUGGAGCAACGAGACUGUCAGGAACGUGCAAGACGCAUACGCCCGGCUGGCGGAGUUCCGCUGCACGCUGCUUGGGCGUGGUGUCCAGGCACAGCCUCUCUACGUUGGAUACUGUGACCAUGAAUUUGGUGGGGUUUGAAGGGAGAGCCCCGCUGCCCUCUGUCUCUGUGCAUGCAGGAGGAAUGUUCCCCCCUCAAAAGGGCGGAGGGACCCCUUGCCACCCCACCUUCUGCUCUGGCUUCAUUCAUGAACAUUUCUUUUGCCUCAGCAUGCACUCUUUACCUCUUUUUCUAUUUUUAUUUCUUUAAAUCUAUAAAUAAAUGACCCCAAAGAGGGAAAAGGUGCCUAUUCCUGCUCAUCUGGGGCUUGGGACACCAUGCAAGGGUUAGCAGGAGAUGGGUAGGGCUUGCUCCAGAGAUGCUGAUGGAGAAGCAUCAUUCUGGCAGCUCUGGAGUUUGCAGGGUGCCUGCUCAGCUGGAUAAACCGUGCUUAGCCUCUGCUGCUGUCCCGGGGUUUGCUUCUGCAGUCACAUUGUGCUGUGGGGUCCUGUCCUUUCCCCGUCUCUCUCCUCUGUUGGGCAGGCCUGCAAGAUACCACUUGUGCUGCCCUAAACCCUGGUUGCUGCCACCUCCUCUGACUUUUCCUCAGCAGAUGACACCCUAGAGCCUCUCUGAGGAGCCCUUGCAAAUCUGCUGAGUGGUGCAUGGAUACUACGAAAUCUCUGCUCAGCUCUUCAGGCUGUCACCUCUGCCUGGGAUUUGGCCAACUGACCCGUCCUCCUCCUGCUCUGUUAUGCUCAGGGUGGGGAGCUCAACUCCAGAUCUCCUGCAUCCAGAGGGGUUGGUUUUGAUGGUGUUUUCCUUGGAGAAGAAAUCAGUGGUGCUGCUGUCCCACAGAACUGGGGCAGGUGUGGUUGUUGUUCUUCGAUGGUUGGGAUGGCCGUGCUGGAAACGGCAUGCAGCUGAAAGCAGGGAAUGUGUCAGGGAGAAAUCCUGGCUGGCUGGGAUUAUUGUAUGUGUGUCUUGGUCUUAAGUGAGUGAGAUGCACUGUUAUGGCUGGAAACCUUUCAUGACUGAACUUUAAAUUAAAAAUAGUGAAUUAACAGUUA